GCCACCAGCAUCAGCAGUGUUUGUAAAGGCGCUUUGUGCAUUGCUAAUCCGCUCUGAUGUCACGGUGCAGAAGGAGGGGCUGAGCUCUCCGCUUUAAUCCGUGCAAGUUGUCUGGAGGGACAAGCGAGAGCCAAACCAAGCCGAGCCAAGCCAGCAGGCACGGGGAACAGCGGCGAUGUGUACUGCAGCAGCCGGACCCGGGCCUCUCCGCCACUGACAUGCAGGUUGUGCUAUGAGCGGGGUUUCCUUGGAGACAUGAGAAGCAUGUUCUGAAAAUCAGAGACGGAUCACGCCCCAGCCAUGAGCCACAAAUAUCAGGGAGAGGAGAUGGGGGAAGCAGGCGAGGAGCACAAGGUGCCUCUGAGGAACAGGCAGCCCAAUGGGACGUCACGCGGGGAACCUCCUGUACGACGGUCCUGGAGGCCAUGUCAGAUGCUCAACCAGGACGGGGAACUGAAUCCCCAUCAUCAUCACCAUCAUCAUCACCCUCCUCACCAACACCAUCACCCGCCCACAGGUCGCGGACCCACUCGGCACCGCCGGCGCCCUCCCGCAGGGCAGGGCCAAAGCCAGGCUCAGAGUCCUGGUCUGGUCCCAGCGGUGGCUUCUUCAAGGUCGGAUGGGGGCGAGAGUCGGGACACUGAGCCUCAUCCUGUCCAGCAACCCCGCCCUGCUGUUGCUCGCUACCGUCGUCAUGGCGACCCUAACCCCAGGCUCAGAGGUCACAGACAGAGGCAACCAAGCAGAGAGAUGCAGGACGCUUCACAUGGUGUGGAUGACAGAGAAGGUGCAGCAGAGGUGCAGGUGCAGCAGUGCUCAGCAGAUGAUUGUGUAACAGACCAGUCGCAGGACAGGGGAUCUCCUCAGCAGACUCCUGUUGCUGUUGUUACCCCCACCCACCUCUCACCUGGACCUGCAACUCAUAAUGUUCAACCUAACCCCCAAUACACUCCACCCCCUGAGGCAGAAGAGGACCUCCAGGACCAUAAAGUAGAGUGUGAGGAGGAAUUGGAGGAAGUUAGGGAGAAUGAUGAAGAACAAGAACAGGCAGAGGAUGAUCUAGACCGCCGCUCACCCACAGGUCACUCCAGCUGCAGCCGUGACGACAUGCAGACAGUCAAUGAUGGAGAAGAGGAAUGUGCAGAGAGGGUGGAGGAGGAUCAGGAGGAAGUGAUGGAAGAGGUGGCAGAGGACAUUGCUGCUCAGGGAAGCGAAAUCACUGACCUCUGCUCUGACACGGAGAGCGCCGCUUCGCUCAGUAUGGACGGACCUCUCCACAGCCCACCACCGCUCCAGUCACCAACUCCUCCUUCGUCUCCUGAUGUUCCACCUUUUCCCCAGCUGGACCACUUCAGUGAAGACACCAGCAUGAGCCCCGUACCUGACAAUGACCUACCUGAAGAUGAAGAUGAGGAUUACUCUGAAUCGUGCUCACUGUCCCACUCCACUUCCUGCUCUGAAUCCUAUCCAAAAACCUAUGCAGACUUUUAUACAGAGUCCCACCAGAAGUCUUACCCGGAACCUGUGUAUGAGUCCUACUCAGAGCCAAAAUCCCAUCCAAACUCUUUUCCUGAACCCCUUAAAACCUCCUACCCUGAGUUACACAGAGAACCUUGCAGACAACCUAAUCGGAGCACUGAGUCUAAUGAGCAGGAGUCCCGCCAAGAGCCCUUUACCAGCCACAGAGAGGCAAAUGUACAAAGAAUGGCUCCAACCUCCCCCACCAAGGGCUCCUAUCAUGCACCAAGGCAGAUCAGAGACCGCAGUUCACAUCACUCUCCUCUGGACCGCUCUGUUGGCUGCCGGCUGCACCACUAUGACGGACAGUCUGACGGCGAGGGGGACAGCGGCAUUCAAAGCCCUGUUUCAAAAAAUCGUAGGCAGGCAGCCAGACACGGAGACACCCAGGACAAGAGCCCCUCGUCUGGGCAGAGCAGCUCAGGUGAGACUCAGGAGGAGCGGAAUAUGAUGGGUCCCCCAGGGGAGGAAGGUUCAAGGGGCUCAGGAGACGCCAUCAGCUUGGCGAUUAAAGACAUCAAGGAGGCGAUUGAGGAGGUGAAGACUAAGACGAUACGCUCCCCCUACACACCUGACCAGCCUGUUGAGCCGAUAUGGGUGAUGAGGCAGGAGGUCAGCCCCACAGAGGAUGUAUACCCACUCCAGACUACAGCUGGUCAUUCUUCUCCUCACUCCCCCUCUCAGUCUGUACCUGAGUCUCCGUCCUGCUACGCCUCAGUUCCAGUUCGAGACCCAGUCAGUCCGCGGAGAGCUGAGUCCUCCAGACCGCUUCAUCCCCAACAUUAUCACCAUCAACCGCCCCAACACAACCAUCACCACCACCACCACCACCACCACCAAGGCCACCAGUCACAGCAGAGGGACACCCCGAGGCCGCCACAGACAUACACACAGCCACAAUCAUAUGCACACAUGCCUCCGCCUAAUCAGCAUCAACAACGUCAUCAUCAACAACAGAUUCAACAUCAACAACAGCCUCAGCCACUUCCGCCACAACAGCUGAGGACACAAGUUCAGCCACAGUCGCCUCCACAGCCGCCGUCUGUCCAGGAGCUUCGCAGAUCUCUUCCCCCCUUUCCUACAUUUGUGGAUGUCCCGGGACCAUGUGACCCAGAAGACCUUAUUGACGGCAUCAUCUUUGCAGCCACCUACCUAGGCUGCACCCACCUGCUGUCGGAGAGGACGCCCACAAAGAGCGCCCGCAUGCAGCAGGCGCAGGAGGCCAUGAGCAGAGUCCGGGCUGCACAGAAACAGGCAAAGAACAGGAAAAAGAGCCCCGACAGCGAGGCGCCGUCCACUGCUGAGGUUGAUCUGUUCAUGUCCACACAGAGGAUCAAAGUCCUCAAUGCAGACACUCAGGAGUCUUUAAUGGACCUGCCCCUGAGGACCAUCUCCUACAUAGCUGACAUCGGUAACAUGGUAGUGCUGAUGGCCCGGGGGAAGAUGGUCCGGUCCCGCAGCGCGCAGGAGAACCUGGACCACACAGCUGAGCAAACCACCAUGACCCAUGACGACAGGCGGCUGUACCGGAUGAUCUGCCACGUCUUUGAGUCUGAGGAUGCUCAGCUGAUAGCACAGUCCAUUGGUCAGUCUUUCAGCGUCGCCUACCAGGAGUUCCUCAGGGCCAACGGCAUCGACCCCGAGGAUCUGAGCCAGAGGGAAUACAGCGACCUGCUCAACACUCAGGACAUGUACAACGACGACCUCAUCCACUUCUCCAAGUCGGAGAACUGCAGAGACGUUUACAUAGAGAAGCAGAAAGGAGAGAUCCUGGGUGUGGUGAUCGUGGAGUCGGGCUGGGGGUCCAUCCUCCCCACCGUCAUCAUCGCCAGCAUGAUGCAUGCUGGUCCGGCAGAGAAGUCCGGUCGACUCAACAUCGGAGACCAGAUCAUGACCAUCAACGGGACGAGUCUGGUGGGUUUACCGCUCAGCACCUGCCAGAGCAUCAUCAAGGGUCUAAAGUCUCAGUCAAGGAUCAAGAUGAACAUCGUCAGGUGUCCUCCCGUCACCAUGGUGCUCAUUCGCAGGCCGGACCUCAGAUACCAGCUGGGCUUCAGCGUCCAGAACGGCAUCAUCUGCAGCCUGAUGAGGGGAGGCAUUGCUGAGAGAGGAGGCGUUCGCGUCGGUCACCGCAUCAUCGAGAUCAACAGCCAGAGUGUCGUGGCAACGCCUCACGAGAAGAUUGUUCAGAUCCUGUCUAACGCCAUGGGAGAGAUCCACAUGAAGACGAUGCCUGCAGCCAUGUACCGUCUGCUGACUGCACAGGAACAGCCUGUCUACAUCUGAACACACACUUCUCACUCUUCACCACAUCACUCAGUCUGUCUUUACUACUGAUAGUCCACUCAUCUUUGAGUUGUUUAAUACCUUUCUCCUCUCUGUAUCCUGUUUGAUAUCACUUGACUUGCCUUAAUCUGUACAGUGCACUGUCAUGUAAACAUGUACAUCUACAGUAUGACAGCAGAAGGCAGAUUAUCUCACUAGGCCGAGUGUUAAUGUGACGUGUUAUGUUUGACCAAAGAGAAAUCGUGGAUUUUAUUGUGCAUAUUUAGGUGGCAAAUAGAGUAAAUAUUACCUUUGGUUAAAUAGCUGUAAUAUCUGAAUGUAUUCUAAUCAUGUUGGACCUAUAAGUUGUCAGGGCGACCCAAGUGAUAAACAACUUCUACACUGAAGCAAUCGAGGAAUGCAUGUACAGUU